AUGAAAUUUACAGCUAACGUGUCAGAGCGUAAUUUCUUACUCAGGAUAGAACCAAGAGAUAAAUUGACAUUUAUCGGUGAUGUUACGGGCGAAAUACAUGCUACAAUAAAAUUAACAAAUAAAAGUGAUUCACGACAAGCAUUCAAAGUAAAAUGUACAAGGAAUGAUUUAUUUCGUAUAAGGCCAGCCAUAGGAAUCCUCGAUUAUGGAGAAACCAUUUGCAUUGAUAUUACUUACAAAUAUAUUAACAAUCAAGCACCGGAAUCUAACAGACAUCACUUUGGUGUCUAUCAUAUACCAGCUCCAGAAGGAGCAACGUGUGCCGGCGCCUGGGCUGAACAUUAUGGUCCUCCACAAGGAGAACUUCGAAUGAAAGUUAUUACGGGUAAGCCUGGACGAGAUCAGGCAAAUAAUUUCAAGUGGAACCUUACAAUAUCGCUGAUCAGAUUUUGUGCUUGCAACGUGUCUCUUGCCCUUCCCGCACAUAUGCUGGGGACGAUAGGAGCGUACAUGUUUAAUAUAAUAAGCGAAUGUUCUACUGAAGGCAUGAGAUAUCCAUUAUUGCUUCAGGUUUUUUUCCAAAAAGGAAAAGAACGAUCACCACCUGCAAAUAAUGACGAGAACAAAAAUGCCGAAAAUUCAAAUUCAAAAAAAAAAGAAUAA